AAAUUUAAAGUGCAAACAUCCCCCAAAAAAUUUAACCAUGAAAAAUAAAAAUUUUAAAAUAUCUGCUGAAUUGAUUUCUGAAAUCGUCGCCUACAUCCAUUUUCACCAUAAAUGGGGAAAGAUUCGUGUUUCUAAAUUAUUCGAUCUAUUAGUUAUUAAAUUUCAUAAAAAAUUUAUAACCGAAAUGAAAAUAACUAAACAAGCCAUUGGCGAGGCACUUUCGAAAAUCCUUGGAUAUUUUGUCUACCUUUCUUCCAAUCAGAUGAAGAAACUCAAAAUGGGAGAUGAAGUGCAUAAUACUGGUCCAUUUGAUUCCAUUUUUGUUGUGCUUCGUGAUUUUGCUGGAGAGGCGCCUUUUUUGGGAGAACUUUUAAAUACAAUCUUACAACUUCCACAAAGUCCUCAAGGAGCUUGGCCUGAAUGGCCGACAAAAUAUUUUACUGACCCGAAGGGGGGUUGGGACGGUAUCAACAAGGCAAAAAUCAGCAUUCUCAAACUUCUAUUUGGCCAAUUUGUCGAAUUUUACAAACUUUCUAAUGACAAUUUCACUCUCACUUUUUUGCCGAGAAUUCUUCAACUUCUUAAAGGUAUCCUGUCAAAUUUGCGCCGACUUUUUGGGGUGAAAGAGGAAGACGUGAAGAGUGUGAACUGGGAUGACUACAAUGAUGGAGACGACGGGACUGGUCCCAGUACCUCUGGGACUGGUCCAGGCACCUCGGGAGAUGGGGCCAAACCGCCCAAGAUUCGAAGAAUUAAGUAAAGGAAUUUAAAAAUUAUUUUAAAUAAAUGUUGAAUUUUAAAUUGUUGGAUUUUGUUG